GUCGCGAGUUGGCCACCCACCACUCCUCCACGCGGACGGCACCUCCCUCCCUCCUACUAGCAACACGUCCUACUAGUAGACAGGAGCAUUUCAAAUUUUGAAGUUUGCACGUCUACCCUUCUCCUUCUCCUUGCCUCCUUCACAGUCGCAGUCGCGGCGGUCUCCUCGUCCCCCGGCUCCGCCCCACCAAAUACGCGGAACCAACACAAGCGCGCGCCCGCCCGCCCGCACGCUUCGUCCCCUCGCCAUUAACUACCAAAUCGUUCCCGUGGACUCAUAGGUACGCCUCUUCAGUCGAUCGUCCUUGGCCAAGAACCGAGUCCCCGACGGAGUCGGAGCAGGAAGCCAUGCCGUUGCCGCGGGGCAAGCACAGGAGGAAGGGCUUCAGGUCGCACCUCGAGCAGGAGGUGCUGAGGCUGCAGGAGGUGCUGCGGGAGGAGACGGCGCUGCACGCCAUCCUCGACAACGCGCUCGACCACGCCGCCGUCACCCUCGCCGACAUGUCAUACCUCCCCACCCACGCCCAGGAGCUGCUCUCCAGCAUCUCCGCCAUGGAGGCCGCCGUCUCCAAGCUGGAGGAGGAGAUGGUCGCCCUGCACUUCCAGCUCAUCCAGGAGCGCAACGAGCGCCGCAUCGUCGAGUACCGCGCCAACGCCAGCCACAACCAGCAUCGCCCCCUCUGCUCCCACUCCCACCGCUCCGCCGCCAAACCCGAGCCCGAGCCUGAAUCCAUCCAUGGCGCUCUGCAGCAGGACACGGCGGCGAGCGACGCCAGCAAACCCAGCAGAGGGGAGAAGGCCCACCCCAGCGCCGCGGCCCCGAAGCUGCUGCAGCGACAGUUCUCAACCAAGGCCCUCGGCGGCGGCGCGGACCCGAACCGCCUGUCGGAGGACAUCGUGCGGUGCAUGAGGAACAUCUUCAUCUCGCUCUCCGACUCCUGCCGGGAGGCCUCCAGGGCGACCAACCACUCCGCCGCCGCGGAGGGCCAGCGCGCCGGCCCGUCGCCGAGCGGGAUCGCCGCCUUCUGGUCGCUGUCCGAGCCGUCCUCCAUCUCCUCCUGGGUGCAGAGCCCCCAGGUGGACCUCAACCACAACAACAACCUGCUGGCCUCCGAGACCGUCUUCGACCCCUACAAGGCCCGGGAGAAGCUCAGCUGGGCCGACAUCGGGGGCUACGGCGCCGCCUCGGAGGUCUCCUGGAUGUCCGCCGGGAAGAAGCAGCUCGAGUAUGCCGCGGAGUCGCUACGGAAGUUCAGGUUGCUUAUUGAGCAGCUGGCAGAAGUAAACCCUGUUCAUCUGAAUGACGAUGCGAGAUUGGCGUUUUGGAUCAAUCUGUACAACGCCUUGUUGAUGCACGCUUAUCUUGCCUACGGUGUUCCACGAAGUGACAUGAAACUGUUUUCACUAAUGCAAAAGGCUGCGUAUACAAUUGGAGGGAAUUCGUUCAGUGCGGCAUUCAUCGAGUAUAUUAUUUUGAAGAUGAAACCGCCGAAUCACAGGCCACAGAUGGCUCUGCUUCUCGCCCUUCAGAAGAUAAAGGCACCUGAGGACCAGAAAAAGUUCUGCAUUUCGACGCCGGAACCACUUCUGACAUUUGCCCUCAGCUGUGGGAUGUAUUCUUCGCCUGCAGUGAAGAUAUACACAUCCAGCAACGUAAGGGAAGAGCUUCAGGAUGCGCAGCGUGAUUUCAUCCGAGCAUCGGUGGGAGUAAGCCGCAAGGGGAAGCUUCUGAUCCCCAAAAUGCUGCACUGUUUCGCGCGAGGGUUCGUCGACGACAACAGCUUCCCUAUCUGGAUAUCGCAUUUUCUGCCUCAGCAGCAGGCCACAUUCGUCGAGCACUGUGUGUCUCAGAGGCGGCAAAGUCUCCUCGGCACCCGGACUUUCGGCAUCAUCCCGUUCGACUCCCGGUUCCGAUACCUCUUCCUGCCUGACAUGGGAUCAUUGAACUGAGUGUCGAAUCAUCAGGUCAGAGGUGCAAGGAAGCCCUAUAUCGUCGGUGCCGAACCGAGCUGUUUCGGCGUGUGCUCGACCAGGUCUCGGAUCACACAGGUGCACAUCCAGUGACCAUCGGGUCUGCUACGACACUGAACCAGUGCGCAACGGCCGGCUGGAUUAAAAGACCGGUGUCCUCCUCCGAUGUCAGAUAAAUCUUGAGCACGUCAGCUGGAUUAAUUGGCUAGUUUGCCUCGACUUCUUGUCGAAUUCAGCGCAAAAUGUUGUACUCCCUCUGUACCAUAAUACUUGUUGUUGGAGAGAACUAGUCUAGUUUUCCCCAACAACAAGUAUUUAGGAACGGAGGGAGUAUAUGAUAGUGGUUGAUGUCUAACUAGCUAGCAAAUAAAAUGAAGGCGAUCGUUAUGAAGGUGUUGUAUGUCUACUGACGACAUGUAUGUGGCAAAAUGUAUUGUGUGCCUGCAGCUCUGAUCUGCGGUACUUAUGAUAUACUAGUACAAUUUAUAAGCAAGAAAGAAAACCUAGAUUGUGUCAA